UGUACGUGUGUGUGUGUGUGUGUGAGUGAGUGAGAGCUCACACAGCCCCUGCCUCUGCCUCCUCGCUCUCUCUCUCUGUCACACACACGCAGACGAGCAGGUGUUUGUGACAGCAACUCGCGCUUCCUCUGCUGCGGACACAUUUUCAGUCGUAACGUCUUUUUCUACGCAAACACCGUCACCAUGUUGUGGACUGCGACUCAAGCCAUACGGAGGUUCUCCACGUCGUCUAAUUAUUACCAAAAUAAGCUAAAACUAGCAAUUAUUGGCCAGAGUCUGUUUGGCCAGGAGGUGUACAGCAGCCUGAGGAAGCAGGGUCACAGAGUGGUGGGUGUGUUUACUGUACCUGACAAGGAUGGCAAAGCUGAUCCACUGGCUGUGGCGGCAGAGAAAGACGGGACGCCAGUGUUCAAGUUCCCACGAUGGCGUGUCAAGGGUAAACCCAUCCCGGAAGUAUUGGAGGCCUACAGUGCGGUGGGCGCUGACCUCAACGUCAUGCCCUUCUGCUCCCAGUUUAUUCCCAUGAACAUCAUUGACCAUCCCAAGCACGGCUCCAUCAUCUAUCACCCUUCCAUCCUACCACGGCACAGAGGAGCCUCGGCCAUCAACUGGACCCUGAUUGAAGGUGAUAAGAAAGCUGGCUUCACAGUGUUUUGGGCUGACGAUGGACUGGACACGGGACCCAUCCUGCUGCAGAAGGACUGUGCUGUUGAGCCCAAUGACACCGUGGACACACUCUACAACCGUUUCCUCUUCCCGGAAGGCAUCAAAGCCAUGGUGGAGUCAGUACAGCUCAUCGCCGACGGAAAAGCUCCCAAAGUUCCACAGACAGAGGAAGGAGCGAGCUAUGAAGGCAUCCAGAAGAGGUCCAACUCCAAGAUCAACCUGGCCCAGCCAGCUGAGGCCAUCCACAACUGGAUCCGUGGACAUGACAAAGUCCCUGGUGCCUGGACUGUCAUUGAUGGUCAGUCUGUGACCCUGUAUGGCUCAUCCAUGUUGGGCGGGUCAGUACCUGCUGGUCAGCCCCUGGAGAUCGAGGGGGCGUCGCAGCCCUGCCUGGUCACCAAGAACGGGCUUGUCCUGUACGGGACUGAUGGAAAGGCGCUCAUGGUGAAGAGCCUGCAGUUUGAGGACGGAAAGAUGAUCCAAGCUUCCAAAUACUUCUCCUCUGGGGAAAGCUCCAGUGUGGAGUUGACUGAUGAGGAGAAGAAAAUGGCAGAGGAGAUCAGGAACAUCUGGAAAGGCAUUCUCAGCAAUGUGCCCACCAUUGAGGAAACCACAGACUUCUUCAAAUCUGGAGCUGCCUCCAUGGAUGUGGUCAGGCUGGUGGAGGAGGUGAAGCAGAAAUGUGCUGGUGUGCAGCUUCAAAACGAAGACGUGUACAUGGCCCCCACCUUCCAGGACUUCAUCCAGAUGUUCGUCCGCAGGCUGAGAGGAGAAGACCAGGAGGAGGAGCUGGUCAUUGACUAUGCAACCAAAGACGCGAACAACAUGACACUAAAAAUGCCACACCAGUGCUUUAUCAACGGCAAGUUCGAGGAUGCAGAAAACGAAAAGACGUAUAACACCAUCAAUCCUACAGACGGAUCUGUGAUCUGCAAAGUGUCCUAUGCCUCAGUGGGGGAUGUGGACCGUGCAGUGGCAGCUGCCAAAGAAGCUUUUGAUAAUGGGCCCUGGGGCAGGAUGAACCCCAGAGACAGAGGAAGUCUACUAUACAAGAUCGCUGACCUGAUGGAAGAACACCAGGAGGAGCUGGCCACCAUCGAGUCCAUCGACUCAGGUGCUGUGUACACACUGGCCCUGAAGACCCAUGUAGGCAUGUCCAUCCAGACCUUCCGCUACUUCGCCGGCUGGUGUGACAAGAUCCAGGGCAAGACCAUCCCCAUCAACCAGGCCAGACCCAACCGCAAUCUGACCUUCACCAAGAAAGAACCUCUGGGUGUGUGUGCCAUCGUCAUUCCAUGGAACUACCCUCUUAUGAUGCUGGCAUGGAAGAGUGCAGCCUGCCUUGCUGCUGGAAACACACUUGUGCUUAAACCUGCUCAGGUCACUCCCCUGACAGCACUGAAGUUUGCUGAGCUGUCAGUGAAAGCUGGUAUUCCCAAAGGAGUUAUCAACAUUUUGCCAGGCUCAGGUGGGAUGGUGGGACAGCGUCUGUCCGAUCACCCUGACAUACGCAAGCUGGGCUUCACGGGCUCCACACCGAUCGGCAAACAGAUCAUGAAGAGCUGUGCACUCAGUAACUUGAAGAAGGUUUCUCUGGAGCUGGGAGGGAAGUCGCCUCUCAUCAUCUUCAGUGACUGUGACAUGGACAAGGCUGUUCGAAUGGGCAUGAGCUCUGUAUAUUUCAACAAAGGCGAGAACUGCAUUGCUGCUGGUCGUCUGUUUGUGGAGGAAUCCAUCCAUGAUGAGUACAUCAGCCGGGUGGUGGAGGAGAUCAAGAAGAUGAAGAUUGGAGAUCCUCUGGAUCGCUCCACAGACCACGGGCCACAGAAUCACAAAGCUCACAUGGACAAGCUGCUGGAGUACUGUGACAUUGGAGUGAAGGAGGGAGCCACGCUGGUGUACGGAGGCAGACAGGUUGACAGGCCAGGUUUUUUCAUGGAGCCCACUGUGUUCACUGGUGUGGAGGACCACAUGUUCCUCGCCAAAGAGGAGUCCUUUGGCCCCAUCAUGGUGGUGUCCAAAUUCAAAAACGGCGAUGUGGACGGUGUGCUGCAGAGAGCCAACGACACGGAGUACGGCCUGGCCUCUGGAGUCUUCACCCGCGACAUCAACAAGGCCAUGUACGUGAGCGAGCGACUGGAAGCGGGAACCGUGUUCGUCAACACUUAUAACAAGACCGACGUGGCUUCGCCUUUUGGAGGCUUCAAACAGUCCGGUUUCGGCAAAGACCUCGGAGAGGACGCGCUCCUGGAAUACCUCAAGACCAAAGCAGUGACUGUGGAGUACUGAAAGCCAGACUCUCCCUCAGAACUCUGACUCACACAGGAAGAGGAGAGGACUCCCCUGUCUGCUUCACAUCCACCUUCAUUUGAACAGUUUCUUAUGUGUGUGACUGUGGGAGUGAAAGGAGAGUGUGUGAGUGAGUGAGUGUGUGUGUGGGCCACAGUUUGGACAGUGUUGCCUGUCAUCUCUCGCCUGUCAUGGAUACGGGACUCAUGACUUUUUAUUUUUUAUUUUUUUUUUUUACAUAAAAUCCACCCAGCUUGGAUGCUGCCUAUGACUGUGACGUAAAGGUUCCAUAAAGGAGUGUGUCACCCCACAACACUCUCUCAAACUUCCACCUGAAACCUAUUUUUAGAAUCAGAAUUUAACAUAUAACGGAUAAAUGUUAUAUCUAUACUAUCAUUUUUAAAGUGUGGAAAAGCUAGCAUUAGCACACUGCAAAAUGUACCUCAUGCACCCGGCCCCCUCCCAUCAGCAAUCUUGCAAGAGCCCCGCCCCUAUAACACAGGAAGUAGUUGUCUGUCUUUUGUGUUUUUACUUGCUAGCCAUACUUGCUAGCUUGCUAACUAGCUUCUUGGGAAGAAGCUAGUCAUUUUGUCACAGACGGGUACAUCAGCCAAUCAUUCAGUCAGGGAAACUUUUUCUUUUUCUUGAGACAAUUUGUUUUAAUGAUGAACAAAAAAAAGAUAUGAUCAAAAUCUUUUCAGAAAAAGAAUACAGACCUGAGCUUUAGGUAGCAAACAUAUCCAUAGUACAAUACUGUACUGUACUGUACUGUACUGUACUAUAAUACUACAAACUAAUCUCUACAUGGUUCCUUGUUAGAUGUGGUUAAUUAAUAAUUAAUCCGGUUAAGUGGAUUCAUCAAUUAGUGCAUUAAGAGUAACUUGGCAGCAGUGCUGGAAUUCCCCCCAGUCACAGUGCACCAACACACUCAAGAACACACUACUACUUCUCUUAUUGUAUCUUUUAAGGUACUUUUAUUGGUUUUAUUUAUGUAUAUAUUUUUAGAUAUGUUAAAUAGAACCCUGUGUGGAUCAUUGUUGAGGAACUGUGUGGAACAGAGUCUGCCAUUUAAAAUGUGCCCGUCUUUAUGUAGCAAUAAUACAUAGGAAAUGUUCAUUUCUAUCUAUAUCAAGGUUUUUAAUUAUUUCAUUUACACUCAUCUGCAACAUGUGUUCUAAUUAAGAGAGGAAAUCCACAGAAAUUGAUAUUUUCAUUCAUUUAUUAUCUCCUGAAAAUUAAAAAAGAAAAAGAAAAACAGUUCUAGCACUGCUCGACUACUCGCUUUGGUAUCAGUCACAUUAUUUUCCAUUACUUCAUAGUACCUCCUCAACGUGGGCGGGGUCGUAAUAGCACAGCGAGUGAGUGAGUUCAGGAAGAACUGAACCGGUUGUGAUUGGGCUCACGAUCGCCGGCUUUCAGCAGCACUGUCCACACCUGUGUUAAAUAUUGAGAUUUUAGAAAUGUCCUUGCUAAAUGUUGGAGAUGAACGCGUGUUUUCAGGAUAUUUAAUUCUUUUUAGCUGAUCUUUCGACCUUUUUCCGGUUAGAUUCUUGUGUCGGAUGUCGUGCUCAUGGCUGGUCUGUUGACGCCACAUUUUAGCAUCGGCUCCGCUCGCUUGGAACCUCGCCCGCAGGUACCAAACAAAGCACCAGGUACUAACCCUAAUGGAAAAGCAAAAAGUAUAGUAUAGUAGAAUUGAGCCGAGUAGUGCUAGAACUGUAUCAUGAAAAAGUAACUAAAUGCUUACUUAUGCCACCUUGUCAUCAUAGAUGCACCACAUGUUAAGUAGUCAGAGGAAGACGAAAAGUAGUUUUGUAUCUUUUUAAUAUAUGUGGAUCCAGUUUUUAUAAUAAAGCCAAGUAUGGAAUACUCGUGCCCAUCCCUAACUCAUAGUCAACUUCACAGUUUAAUAUCAGUUUCCUGACAUCUUGCGAUGCAGAUUUUCAAGCGAUUAUUGAAGCAAACAAAAAGCAGAAUUCACUUUUCAGGUCGUGUCAAUAACGUAUAUCUCUUACAGACGUGAAUGAAAUCAAAUCAAACAUUUGUUUAGUUUGAAUUAACUUAUUACGUUUAGGCGUUGGUAAUAUUUGAAAGUUUGUCCACUAUUUUCUCUUUCAAUGACAAAAUGUAUCGCUGAUUUCAUGCUAUGAUGUUGCAAGUCUGAGUGAGGACUGAUUUCCUAACUUGUAGGUAGUUUAUUUUUGCCCACGGUUUAUAAUGACGUGUCAAAUAUCCUUUCUUUCUUGUUAUCUAUUCAGAAGCAAGGGGUGGAUGGGGAUCUAAAGGGAAAAGUCUUUUCUUUCGCGCCUUACAAAAAAAAGAAUAAUUAUAUUUUUUUGGACAUUUUCUUUGUCGGACAGAGACACUACUAUACUAUGUUUAUGACACUAUAUUAUAUUCACAGAGGACGUGAAGCUUUUAUGCGUCACUAAAGUGAAGAAGUUGUGAAUAUUUCUAUUAGUCCCACGUGUCAUUGAAGGCAGCACAGGCUAUGCAAGCAACAAGUGUUUGAUGAUGCCACACUUUGUCUGUUUACAGCCAGUCAUGUGACACCAUGCUGAAUUAAAUUCAGUUUGACUGUUAA